AUGGCAGACCAGGAUGAAGCCCAUCUCGCUGAGCUUAAGAAGAAGAGAACAUUCCGCAAGUUUACCUACCGUGGGGUCGACCUCGAGCAGCUUUUGGACAUGUCUCGGGAUCAGUUUGCAAAGAUGCUACCGUGCCGUAUGCGCCGACGUCUUGCCCGUGGUUUGAAGAGGAAGCAUCUCAACUUGAUCUCUCGGCUUCAGAAAGCCAAAAAGGCUGCCAAUGUGCUUGAGAAACCAGCCACAGUCAAGACCCACCUUCGUGACAUGGUUAUUUUGCCUGAAAUGGUUGGAUCAGUCAUUGGUAUCUACAACGGAAAGGUUUUUAACCAGACUGAAAUCAAGCCUGAGAUGAUUGGAUACUAUCUUGGAGAGUUCGCUAUUACCUAUAAGCCUGUCAAGCACGGUAGACCAGGUAUUGGAGCUACCCACUCUUCAAGAUUCAUCCCUCUUAAGUGA